UUGUUUCAAGCUCCAGCUGGAUAAACGUGAUGUAAACAUGAUACGCAGUCAUGGUCACUAUUUCAAAUUAGAUUAAACGUCGAGUUAUUGGAAAAUAUUGGCAAAGUGACGUGCUGAAUAAAAAGGCGGAAUGUGGUCGUUCUUCGCGCGCGAUCCAUCGAAGGAUUUCCCAUACGAAAUCGGCGAAGUGCUGUCGAAUGACUUGGACCGAGGGCGGUCGCUCUGGAGUAUCCACAAGGGCAAGAAAAAAAGCUCCGGUGAGGACGUGUCGGUCUUCAGUUUCGACGCGAAAAAUGGAGUCCAGUUGUUUGAGCUGGCCAAGGGUGCGAUGAAGAGGUUCAAAACACUCAGACACCCCUACAUUUUACCGUUUUUUGAUGGAUUUGAGUCUGAUAAAGGAGUAUAUUUCGCAACGGAGUGUGUUGAGCCCCUGGAAGCACACUUGUCGAAACUCACCCUGACUGGCCAACAGAAGGCCCUCUACUUGUCAUGGGGAAUUUUCCAAAUUGCUAGAGUGCUGAACUUCUUAUUAAAUGACUGCAAUUUGCGCCAUAACAACAUUUGCAUUUCUUCGAUUUACGUCAAUGCAGCUGGGGAGUGGAAGCUUGGUGGGCUUGAGUACGUUUCGAGCGUGGACGAGGGACCCAAAGUUAUCCAAAAGACGCUGCCAAGUCUGGAGAAGUACAAUCCCCCUGAAUUCAGUGAUCACAGCAAGCAGCGAUUUGUCUCGAAAUUUUCUGGUGAUAUGUGGGGAUUUGGUUGCUUGAUUUGGGAGGCGUUCAAUGGACCACUGCCUCAAAGCUCGAGCUUAAGAAGUUUAGACAAAAUCCCCAAACCACUGAUACCUGUAUUCAAUGAGCUGACUGGUCCUAGUCCGUCAAAUCGUCCUAACCCGGCUGACGUGAUUGACAGACUCCGCCGCGGCGGCUCGUAUUUCAGCAACAACCUUGUCGACGCCCUGCUCUUCCUCGAGGAAAUCCAAAUCAAGGACAAAAACGAGAAAAACAAGUUCUUCAGCUCACUGACCGACAAGCUUGAUUUAUUCCCAGAAAGCAUUUGCCGCCACAAAAUCCUCCCUCAGCUUAUCACAGCGUUCGAAUAUGGGGAUGCUGGCUCGCCGGUGUUGGCUCCACUCUUCAAACUGGGGAAAAUGCUGCCGGAAAUCGAGUACCAGAAGAAAAUUGUGCCUUGCGUUGUCAAACUGUUCUCCUCGAAUGACAGAGCCACUAGAAUAAGACUUUUGCAGCAGCUGGAGCUUUUCAUUGAUCAUUUACAACCUUCAACUGUGAACGAUCAAAUUUUUCCGCAGCUUGCGAAUGGUUUCAUGGAUACAAAUCCGACAAUAAGGGAACAAACAAUUAAGUCAUUUCUUCAUUUAGCGCCUAAACUCAACUACAACAAUUUGAAUGUAGAAACUCUUCGGCAAUUUGCGAGACUGCAAGCUAAAGAUGAUCAGGGUGGAAUUAGGACCAAUACUACAGUUUGUCUUGGGAAAAUAUCGCCACACCUUCAUCCACAAAUCAGACAAAAAGUUCUCAUUUCUGCAUUUAUCAGGGCUAUGAGAGAUCCAUUCCCUCCAGCCAGAAAUGCUGGUGUGCUGGCACUGGCUGCAACUCAGCAAUACUACCUUCUCCAGGAGGUGGCAGCAAGAAUUUUGCCUGCCCUCUGCCAGUUGACUAGUGAUCCAGAGAAGAGCGUCCGCGACAAUGCCUUCCGCACCAUCAAAGGCUUCCUGGGCAAACUGGAGAAAGUGAGCGAGGAUCCUAGUCUUAAGGAAUCUAUGGAGGCAGAUGUGAAUACCGCCACUCCAAACUCUGCGAAUUCCUCAGCAACCUGGACAGGGUGGGCGGUCAGUGCUGUCACCUCAAAAUUCUACAGAGGCAGUGUGGACAAAAAGUGUGUCAGCAAGUCGGCUCUUCCUACAGAUCAAACUUCAAGCAGCACCCCUUCAACCGGCACUUCCAGUAUUAACUCCUCGGUGGACAAAGAUGAUGUUGUGAAGACUCCAGACUCCAACACAGAUCUGGAUGACAAUUGGGACGGAGACAACUGGGGUGAUAUGGACAGCUCGCCAGCAAAGUCCAGAGAUGUCGAGGUUGAAGUUGCCAGUGGAAAAAACGAGGGCUGGGACACUGAGGAUUGGGGGUCGAUUGAAGACGUUCCUGAGGAGGCAACACCAACUGAAAACGCAAGUAGCUGGAAGCAGGACUUCAGCUCUGCCUCAAAGCCAGCCAGUUCUUAUGAUUGGACUGCACCUGCAUCUGGUGGUAGCAGUUUAACGCAAAGGGUUGAAACUAAAGCUCAGAGUAGCGAUUGGGAUGAUGCAGGAUGGGAACCUUUGGAGAUGGCGCCAAAAGAUGAUAAAAUGGAUGAAGCCAAAAGAAAAAGAGAAGAGAAAAAACUGCAGCGGCAAAAAGAGCUUGAAGCAAGGCGAGCGAACCGAACUGGUGGAGCCAUGAAGCUGGGCUCAAAGAAGGCGUAUGAUUGAAUGGGAAUUUUAAUUUUAAGAAAUUAAAUUUGUAUCGCAAUAAUUAUAUUUAAAACCAACA